AUGCUGACUGGAGCCAAAAUGGAGUGGUAUUAUUAUUGUUAUUCCACUUGCCGGAAGAAGGGAUCUGAUCUCCCUGGUGGGGAAAGAUGGGGAGGGUGCCGUUUUAAGCGCAGCUGGUGGGAGUUUGGCUUGCGUUCCCUGCAGUUCUCUCCCUCUCUGGCCUGGGUGCCAGGGAGUGACAGUUUACAGGCAGGCAGCCAAGCCCUGAAUGGAGGAAUGUGUGAGGCCUUCAGCUUUCACAUGCUUUUAUCAAGAGCGCAAAGAAUAGCCUGGACUCAAGCUGCACCGCUCAGGUCAGAAGGAGAGAGGAAUGUUCGCGUUAACCCACGAGGUGCCGGCCAGGAAGUGGCCAGCCAGGCCCUUGGGAACUGUGUUUGGGGCACCUUGGGCCUAAGGAGUUUGCCAAUGAGGGGCAUGCGUCUCUGACGUGGCGUUCUGCAUUACAGUGGCAGCCAAAUACAGUAAUGAAAUUUGGGGCCCCAUGACCACCACAGCGCUAUAAUACCUAUUGAACAGUCAUGGAUUCUUCCUCCCCCCCUCCCCCAAAGAAUCCUAGGAAAUGUAGUUUUUUUUCUCAAGGGAGCUGAGAGCAGUUAAGAGAACUCUAUUCCCCCCUGCUCCUGCCAACCUAGCAGUUCGAAAGCACGUCAGAGUGCAAGUACAGUGGUACCUCGGGUUAAGUACUUAAUUCGUUCCGGAGGUCCGUUCUUAACCUGAAACUGUUCUUAACCUGAAGCACCACUUUAGCUAAUGGGGCCUCCCGCUGCCGCUGCAUGAUUUCUGUUCUCAUCCUGAAGCAAAGUUCUUAACCUGAGGUACUAUUUCUGGGUUAGCAGAGUCUGUAACCUGAAGCGUCUGUAACCUGAAGCGUGUGUAACCUGAGGUACCACUGUAGAUAAAUAGGUACCACUCCGGCGGGAAGGUAAACGGCGUUUCCAUGCGCUGCUCUGGUUCACCAGAAGCGGCUUAGUCAUGCUGGCCACAUGACCCGGAAGCUGUACGCCGGCUCCCUCGGCCAAUAAAGUGAGAUGAGCGCCGCAACCCCAGAGUCGGUCCCUUUACCUUUACUUUUAUUCCCUUCAGAGCUGCUCAGAUGGGUUCUUGCUUCCCUCCUCUCUGUCCCCCCCCCCCAUUUUGUUGCAUGGCGAACCAUGUUUUGCAACACUUCCCGCAAGAACUUGCAUGUGUUUUUAUUUUCUGCGUGGCUGUUUGCUCACCUUAAGUGCAAGGCAAAAGUUUUUUAUAAGACAGAUCAUUGCAAGUACCUGCAGUCCAUUAGGGUAGCUUGUGGCCUGUUUUUACAAAGAUCCACAAGACCGCCCAACGAUGCUUGCCUCCCAGCAAAAGGAAACUGCCCAUGUCACCUGGAUUUCCUAGAGAAGGUGAAAGUUCUCCAGCACAAACAAAACCUUCCUGCCUCCAAAGCCCAGGGCUUUGACUUGCCACACAUCUCCAGCAGUGCUAUGAAUCUUUAAUAUCCAUGCAUAUGUAUAUUUUUUGGUAAAAGAUGUUAUAUAAUUUUCUUUUUAGGACAAGAAACAGAGAUGUUGGCCAGCCUCAAACGCACACAGCAUUACCUCUGGUCUCUCAGUUAUCCUCCUGUUUUUCAAAUAUCCUAAAAUGUUUUAACUAAGACCCAUGUGGCACCUUAAAGAGGAAGAAAGUUGUGGUGGAAGGAACAUUUGAGGUUUGAGGCCACAACUCAUAAAUUUUUAAUGUAUGUGCAGCACUUACCAAGUUUUAGGUGCUUGUGUCAGUGUUAAAUAACAGCAGCAGCAUAGGAACUUUCAGAGCAUUCAUGUGCCAAUUAAUUUUGCUCCCCCGGCCAUAAAUUUACCCCCAACAUGCAAAAAUGAGAAAGGCAAUUUCGCCCUCUUUUAUAUCCAAGCCCCUUCCUCAGUUUGACCCGAACCCUAGGAUUUUUGAAUGUUUACUGCAGCACAAACAAAACAGACAUGGCAACAGCAUGCACAAUAUCCCAUGGAGAAAAAUGUUACGUUGUAUGUGUGGAUAAGAUGAUAGGCAUCAGAAAAUAACAGGUGCAAGUCAGGCGAUGUGGGAAGGGGAAAAAAUGACAGAAUGGUGGAGAAUCGAUUGGGAGCAUGGGAUGACAUGAGCACAAUUUAUAUCCCUUCUUCCAAGGAGCUCAUAUCCAGUUUUCCCCACCAACAGCAACUCAGUGAAGUAGGUUAGGCUGAGAGACAGUGACUGGCCCAGAACUCUAUCCCUUUUAUCGUAGACGCACAGUUCAAACAGUAAGAAGAUCACCAAAUUCCAGCUGCAUAUUUGAACCUGAUUUGAAGCUCUCGUGAAACAAACCCCUUCGUCCCUGAAAAGAUUGGACUUUGGGGGAUAAGGAGAGUGUGGGUGGGUUGGGGGGUAAUGCAUUGAAAAGUGUGGGAUGACACUUGACGGCAAGGGGGUUAAACCCUCCCACAAACAAAAAAGGAUGGAUGCUCAUUAAAUAGGCCUCAUCAUCUAAUCUCUUUGCAAAAAUAAA